AUGAGCUGCGACCGGGAGUUUGGAGACGGAGCCACGGGCGUCACGCUCACGCUGCGGCUGCUCAUGCACGGGAAGGAAGUAGGAAGCAUCAUCGGCAAGAAAGGAGAAACAGUGAAGAGAAUACGAGAAGAGAGCGGCGCCAGGAUCAACAUCUCAGAGGGUUCCUGUCCGGAGAGGAUCAUCACCAUCACAGGGCCGACGGACUGUGUGUUCAGAGCCUUCACCAUGAUCACACUCAAACAGGAGGAGGACCUGUCGGCCUUGGUGGCUAACGGCACAGUGACCAGUAAACCUCCCGUCACCCUGCGGCUGGUGAUCCCGGCCAGUCAGUGUGGCUCGUUGAUCGGGAAGGGAGGCUCCAAGAUCAAGGAGAUCCGAGAGACGACAGGAGCUCAGGUGCAGGUAGCAGGUGACCUCCUCCCUAACUCCACAGAGCGAGAGGUGACGAUAUCCGGGAGUCAGGACGCCAUCAUCCAGUGUGUGAAGCUCAUCUGCACCGUCAUCUUAGAGUCACCACCGAAGGGAGCGACCAUUCCAUACCGACCCAGCCCGACCCCAGGACCUGUGCUAAUGGCAGGAAACCAGGUGUACGAGGCGUCAGACUUCAGCUCUCACCCCUUGUUCUCUGUGGCUCAGGGAGGAGUCGACCUGCAGCAGACGUACGCGGUGCAGAGCCACUACGGCGUCCCACACUCUGAGUUGGUGAAACUCCAGCAGCUGUCCAUGCAGCAGCAGGGCCACGCCCCCAUCAGCCAAUCAGCUGCUCAAGUUCUGCCUGGGGGCAUGGAAGCCAGUUGUCAGACCACCUCUCAGGAGCUUCUCAUUCCAAACGACCUGAUUGGCUCCAUCAUCGGUCGUCAGGGCAACAAGAUUAACGAGAUCCGUCAGGUUUCCGGAGCUCAGAUAAAGAUCGGCAGUCAGCUGGACGGCACCAGCGAUCGUCACGUCACCAUCAGCGGCACGCCCAUCGCCAUCAACCUGGCCCAGUACCUGAUCACUUCAUGUUUAGAGACGGCCAAAUCCACGGCCCAGUCCUCCUCCAUGCCGUCUCCCGUUGACCUGACCAUGAGCUUCACCCAGCCCGCUGCCCCCCCCGCCUCCUCCUCCUCCUCUUCGUCCUCCUCAUCCUCCCCCCUGGCAGCGAUGGGCGCCUCGAUGCCCCUCCCUCCCCUCCUGGGGUCUCCCUACGCCUUCCCCCUCUCCAGCCUCCUUGGAGUGAAGCCCCUCCCCUACCUGGCCCUCUCCAGCCCUGCUGCCUCAGCGGCGGCCAUCGGGGGGGCCUUGUUACCAGGCUCGAUGCAGACGGCGGCGGCGGCAGCCGUCCCGGUGCAGGCUCAUGCGGCGGCGGCCCUGGCGUCCUACACGGCCAAGAUCUGGUCCUCAGCCAACGGGAUGAAGAAGCCGGAGAGACAGAAGUUUGCUCCGUACUGA